GAAAAAAGUUUUUCAUAUUUGGGACCAUGCAUUGUCUUUUCUUUGACGAAGUGUCCAUUGUUGUCUUUAACAAUUCGUUUUCCAUUUGAUGUGGAUAAUGUGGAUGAUGAAAGUGAGGCAGACGAUGCGAAUGAUGAUGAUGCGGAUGACGAAAGUGAUGUAUAUGAUGCGGAUAAUGAAAGUGAUGUAUCUAUAUUAUGGCUAGUUGUAUCUUUCAAAACUGUACAAACUUUGCCAUUAGCCUUCAUAAAAAGAAAAAUUGAUAUGAGAAACCAUUUCUCAGAACGCGAAUGUGCACCUAGUUCGGCUACAUGCGGAGGUGCAGAGCCUACCCUUACCAAGGCGCAGUCAAUAAGGGGUCCUGGAAAAAAGCCACCAUUUUUCCUAUACAAUAGACCAACUUUACCUUCUUUUGGAGAAGCAUUUUUGCUCGAGUAUGAACUUCCUGCGAAGCUUUUGGUUCAUUACUUAUAUCUUACAACAUUUUGUAAAAUAUACGAUGGAUAUUUGCUUC